UUGAAUGUUUAUGUAAAUCUUUUUACAUUGUCAGUGCAUAUAAACUAAUUCCUUGUAACAAAAAAAAAACUAAUUCCUUUUUUCAACACGAAAAUAAAAAUUUAUUGAAAAUAUUCAAACUUUACACAUAAAGAUUGAUAUUUACAUUAAAAAAAAAUCUUCAGCUCUCUCAUCAGUUCUUGAAUCGGGUCGAUCUGGAACAACUAGUUGUCCUUAAAAUUAACAUGUUGUAUUUUAGAGCUUCUUGCAUACCACUAAUACCAGUGUCAUCUUUACCUAGUGUGCGUUGUCUGGUAUUUUAAAUUUUCUUAUUCUUAUGCUUAGUUUUUUAAUGCAAGAUUUUACUAAAUGAAGAAGAUUCGAAUCUUCAACCUAUGAGAAUUAGUAGAAAGUUAAACUCAGAACAUGUAAAUAGUGACAACCUCUUUAAUGCAACUUCGAAUAUCAAUUUGGUUUUCAUGCUUUUAAGGAACUCCGUGAUAUCUUAUGUCAUUGGGAAAAAAGGUUUUAAGUUUGAAAAAUUUAUUAAUUUGUUAAUUUUUUUUUAUUUUUUUGAAAUUGACCUAAAAUAAGAAAUAGUAAAAGACAUUGGAGUAAUUGUGGCGGUGAAGAAGUUGUCGUAUAUUGUUUUUUGUUCUUUAUUUUAAAAUUUGUGUUUCUCUGUCUCUGUGUGUGUUUUGACCGUUGCUUUUUCUCAACGUCUCUCUCUGUUCCCCUCUCUGUCUCUCUCUCCCUGAUCUCCUCUUCGCGACCAAAGCUUCUUCUCGUCUAGUUCGCUCCCGUCAUCUUCAGAUUGAUUUGUGGUAAAUAAAAGGUUGUAGUUUGAUUUCCAUUUCAAUGCAAGCUUGAGAAAUUUGCAUUAAGGGCUUAAGGAAAGCCAGAAUCAAUUAGAGAUGGGAUGUUCUCAAUCAAAAUUGGAUAAUGAAGAGGCAGUUCAGCUUUGUAAGGAUAGGAAGCGAUUCAUCAAACAAGCUGUCGAGCAAAGAACUCAAUUCGCUACUGGUCACAUAGCAUACAUCCAAUCUCUGAAGAGAGUUUCAGCUGCACUGCAUGAUUACUUUGAAGGAGAUGAUAAGCAAGCUGAGUUAUCAUUAGAUUCAUUCAUAACCCCUUUGAAGAGAACACUUGAGUUUGGACCCAAUUCAACUAUGAAAGUGAAUUGUCUUAGGGCUGGUGGUAAUCCAGCAAUUUCAGUUGAGGAAAGGCCUCAAUCACCGGAAAUGGUUCGAGUUGAAGCAUAUUCACCAAUGCACCAGUUUGGUAUUGAUGGUUUCUUUACAAUGCAAUCCUCACCUGUGAAUGCUUCAAUUUUUGCUUAUUCUCCCAAUAACAGGCCAAUUAUCCCUUCACCACAACAUUCCCAAUGGGAUUCCUUUUGGAAUCCAUUCACAUCAUUGGACUAUUAUGGUUACCCCAUGGGAAAUAGUCUUGACCACACUGUGGUGAAUGAUGAUAGUAAAGGACUGAGGCAGGCCCGAGAAGAUGAAGGAAUACCAGACCUUGAAGAAGAUGAAACUGAAAAAGAAGAUUCUGUUGCAAAGAGAAUUGUAGCAGAAGAAAAAACCAAAACUGACUCUUCCAAAGAAGAAGUCACAGUUGAAGAUGUUGAUGAACAUGAGGAAGAGGAGGCAAUAGGAGCUGAAACUAAAGCUGAGAAUGGAAUCUCAGAUUCACAAGGCAAUGCUAGUGAAUGUUUCCAAGUAUCAAAAGCUCAAAGUGCAGGUCAUGUUGAUUCCAGCCAUCGGGAAAUGGCAAUUGGUAAGGAAGAAGCUAAGGAAGAAACACCUGGUUUUACUGUUUAUGUAAACAGAAGGCCAACAAGCAUGGGGGAAGUGAUAAAGGAUCUUGAAGCUCAAUUCACAGUAGUCUGCAAUGCAGCUAGUGAUGUCUCAGCACUGUUAGAUGCCAAUAAAGAUCAGUAUUUAUCGACAUCUAGUGAACUUUCAGCAUCAAAAUUGUUGAAUCCAGUAGCUCUUUUCCGCUCUGCUUCUUCACACUCUUCGCCAUCAAGAUUUUUAACGAAUUCUUCUAACACAAGGGAUGAAGGUUACAAGAGUACUGAUGAUCCAUUAAUGGAACAUUGUGCGUUAUCUUCUAGUCAUCAGUCAACAUUAGACAGGUUAUAUGCAUGGGAGAAGAAGCUCUACAAGGAAGUUAGGUCUGGAGCACGUGUUCGGCUUGCAUAUGAGAAGAAAUGUCAGCAACUAAGGAACCGUGAUGUAGAAGGAGAGGAACCCUCUUCUGUGGAUAAAACAAGAGCUGCCAUUAGAGAUCUACAGACCCAGAUAACAGUUUCAAUGCACUCAAUUGAAGCUAUUUCCAAAAGAAUUGAAACUCUAAGGGAUGAAGAGUUGCAUCCCCAACUUCUUGAAUUGUUGCAACAGCUGGCACGGAUGUGGAAAGUGAUGGCGGAAUGUCAUCAGACACAGAAGAUAGCCUUAGAUGAAGCUAAGAUUCUCCUAGCUUGCAUUGAAGCUAAAAAACAGUGUGCCAUGCCAAUAGCUGAUCCACAGAGGCUUGCUCGUUCAUCCUCCAAUCUUGAAAUUGAGUUGAGGAAUUGGCGAAACACCUUCGAGUCAUGGAUCAAAUCUCAGAGAUCCUACAUUCAUGCUCUAACCGGCUGGUUUCUCCGAGGUGUGAGAUGUGAGCCUGAAGCAUCGAAGUUAGCAUGCUCUCCUCGAAUGACCAGUGACUCUCACCCAAUGUUUGGACUCUGUGUUCAUUGGUCAAGGCGCCUAGAUGCCAUUCAAGAAACAGCAGUAGUUAAUGGCAUAGACUUUUUUGCAGCUGGUGUAGGGUCCCUCUAUGCGCAACAGCUAAGAGAAGAUUCUCGACGAUCGAAAGAACCAAAUGAGAAGAAUAUGGAAGUGGUGGAAGUUGGUCAAGUAGAAGAGGUGAUGACUACUGAGCAAAUGGCUGAGGUUGCUGUGAAGGUACUUUGUGCUGGAAUGUCAAGUGCUAUGAGCUCAAUGGCAGAGUUUGCUAUUGAUUCUGCUAAGGGAUACAAUGAACUUGUUAAGCAAUGGGAGAAUGUGAAGUUGCAGCAGCAUGCUUGUGAGACUGCAACAUAGAUGGAUUACAUUUUGUGGCUUAUUUAAUUUAGUUAGCUUAGCAAUGGUGUUAGUCAAUUUAAUUUAUUCUUGGGGGGUACAUUUGGAUGAAGGGGAGGGAAAGAUUUUGUGCAAACCUCUCACUGUGAGUUUUUUUUUGAAAUGAGGGAAAUGAGGAAUUUUGAUGUACUUCUCAAGACCCUUCUUUAAUUAUUAGUUUUCAUGAAAAAAUGUAAGGUCACCCCAAUUUGGGGAAAGAGACUUGUUAUUUAAUCUCCUACUUUGUUAGUUCUUUUUAAAUUAA